UGUACUUCAUGUGACUGUUUUGUUCUCAUUUCAACACACACCCUUCUACUUUUGUUUAUGUGAGGAAAACACUGUUUAAUUUUUUCCAUGCUGCCAUAAAAUAUGAUUUAAUUGCUCUCAGUUGACCUUGUGCUGAAAUGUAGCAGUGUGGCGUUGCUUUGUGGUCCUGUGGUGGACAGACUAUGAGCCCAUUGUCCAAGUGUCUCUCUCUCUCACACACACACACUGAAGGGCUUUCUCUCUCACAGCUGUGUGUCACAGCUCACUGACUCACUGUAAGCCAGCCAAACAAGCUGACAUGGCACUUAUGAAUCCCCCAAGUAAAGCCUCGGGCAGAGAAGCUGCAGGAUGUUGCCAGUAAAAUCUCGAGGCCAGUUAAAAAUAACUUAUUUCUCUCUGAGGGAAUGGAGCAGCAGCUACCCAGUGGCAUGGCACCGCCAGAGGAAAGUGUGAGUGCCUGGAGCUGUAAGCAGGUGGCCCAGUGGCUGCAGGAAGAAGGUUUUGGAGAGUAUGUGGAGUUAUUGUGUGCCCAGCACCGCCUGGACGGCCUCAGCCUGCUGGCUCUGACUGAGGCCGAUCUGCGCGGGCCUCCGCUGGGCCUCACUGUGCUGGGAGACAUCAAGAGGCUUACCAUAGCCCUCCGCAGGCUACAGAGACAGAACCAAGCUCAGCUGGAGGAGCUGGGUCUCCGGCCUUCAGACAGUCUCCCCGCUGGGCUCUUGUUGGGUGCCGUACGGGGUGAUUGGAGCUGUGACGGAGCUGACAGGAGGUAUAAUGGAGGUGAUCACUUGUGUAAUGGGACAGAGCUGCGGCUGAGGAACAGUGACAGAUCUGGAUGCGGCUCAGGAGCUGCAGUGUGUCAUACACACUCCAACGGGAGGUACAGGCAGCAGCACUUGGCUGGCAGACUGGACCCAGAGGUGUGGAAGACAGUCAUGAGCUCCAUAUACGUCUUUUUAGUAUUUGGAUUCACAUCUUUUGUCAUGGUCAUCGUACAUGAGCGUGUCCCAGACAUGAGGACGUACCCACCACUGCCUGACAUAUUCCUGGACAGUGUUCCCAGAAUCCCUUGGGCUUUUGCAAUGGCUGAAGCCUGUGGCCUCAUCCUGUGUUACAUGUUCCUGUUGAUCCUGCUCCUCCACAAACACAGGUCCAUUCUCUUCAGACGGCUGUGUUCUUUGAUGGGAACUGUGUUUUUGCUUCGUUGUUGCACCAUGUUUGUCACCUCGCUCUCUGUGCCUGGGCAGCACCUGAAGUGUACCAGUAAGUCAUACGGUGAUACGUGGGGAAAGAUACAAAGGGCACUACUGAUCUGGAGUGGGUUUGGGAUGACUCUGACCGGUGUCCAAACAUGUGGAGACUACAUGUUCAGUGGACACACUGUUGUCAUCACAAUGCUCAACUUCUUUGUGACUGAAUACACUCCACGAUCCUGGAAUCUCAUUCACACCAUCUCCUGGGUGUUAAACCUGUUCGGGAUCUUCUUUAUCCUGGCGGCUCAUGAGCACUACUCCAUCGACGUUUUCAUCGCCUUCUACAUCACCACUCGCCUCUUCCUCUACUACCACACCUUAGCCAACACUCGUGCCUACCAGCAUAGUCGGAGGGCGCGCAUUUGGUUCCCCAUGUUCUCCUUCUUUGAAUGCAAUGUGAAUGGACCUGUUCCCAACCAGUAUCACUGGCCCUUCAACAAACCUGCCUUCAUGAAAACUCUGAUUGGAUAGAGUACGCUUUCUAAGAUCUGCAGCUGCAAUGUGCAUGGACUGUAAUAUUAAAGCCUGAAUGAGAAACUUUUACCUGAGAUGCUGCUUCUUACCUUUCAGAGGUUAUAAGUUCAUUACGUGGGAGGUUUUUUCCCUCAUUUGUACAAAUGGAGGAUUUUUAUUUUGAAAUAUAGUUAUUUGCUUUCUUUCUGAAAGUUAGAUGUAAAGAUUGUUCCCACUCUCAUCUAUGUCUGUUAAAUAUGAAACAAGGGGUUAUAUCUGGGUCUGAAGGGUGAAGCCAAAGAGGAAGUGCCUUAAACUUGUGUUCUUUCCAAUGGCCACUAGGGGGCGACUCCACUGGUUGCAAAAAAGUCAGAUUUGUAUACAAGUCGACAGGAAAAUUAGCCUACUUCACUUGUUUUAUUACCUCCGUAAACAUUCUCCUGAUGAGUCUUUGGUCUCAAAGGUUAGUUUCAAGUACAGCAUGAUGUUUGUUUUGUAAGUUAUGGUCCCAUUCGAUUGAGGCUCCACCCUCUUUACCAACAUGGUCACUUUUGGCUCCAAAAAAAAAAAAAAAAAAAAAAAAAAGAUAGUGACAACCAAAAUGCCAAACUCUAUGAUAUGAAGCCACAGCGAGCUGAUAAUUACCUUAGCUUAUCGUAAAGACUGGUAACUGGGGAGAAACGGCUAGCGUGGCUCUUUUUGAAGGUAAAACAUUUACUGACAGUACCAGCAUCUCAAAAGCUCAGUGAUUAACUUUUGUUUAAGCAUGUAACCUCAGGUUUAUUUGUAUUUCAUUUGUACAAAGGGGGGAGUUUUUUUUUCUUUGUCCUGGCUAGCUGUUUCCCUCUGUUUGCUGUUUUUAUGCUAAGCUAAGCUAAUUAGCCGCUCGCGAUAAAAUCAUAUUUAGCACACAGACUUGAGAAUGUUUCCAUGUAAGAGUUAGAUGAGAGAGCGAAUAAGUGUAUUUCCCAUUUCUUUAAAUUUAAUUGCACAGCUCAAUGUAAAACAAAGAAAUGCGGUUCAUUAUAGGGCUGCAGGUACGAAUAGUUUUCUCGGAGAUUUAUUUGCCUUUGAUUGUCACUUUGAUCGUUCAUGUUCCACAUUGGGGAUGUUUAAGGUUCACAGGUGGUUCGGGUCUACAGUAGGAAACUGAUGAGGCUGUAUGCAGGUUCAUACUGUAGUUUUGGGAGUCGUCAUGGGCACAGUUUAUAUAUUGUUUUGCUGCAAAGAGAUUUGACACCUGUUUGGUACCUGCUACCAAAGUUUCUUUUGAUGUGCAACAGGAAAGACACUUCCUGUUCUCUACUGACAGAGUUCUGUUUCAGUCACCGUUUGUUUUUUUAUUUACACUUUAUAAAUUGAACUCUACAGCUUUGUUGUGUUUUAUAAUAUCACCACUACAUUCACAGUUAAACCAAAUAUCUCAACAUUUAUUGUAAUGUUCAGUGUUGCCAAUCAGCCCUCACUAUAAUUAUUUCUUUGUCCUAAUUUGAUAGUGUUUUAUGUUUUAUGUUUGUUUUUUUUAACAGAUUUUUAAUCAUGCAACAAGUAUAGAAGUGAAUGGAGGUGGAUUUUAUUAAAGCUUUAUUGUCCAGAAUUUUUCUCUGUUGCACAGUACAAAAACUGGCUGUUUGGAUAACAAUGCUUCAAAAGUAUAUUGUUUACUUUGUCAUGGUUGAUCCAAACUAUAUCUUUUAAAUAAUUGUUUACAAUUUAUGGCUUUAUUUGCAAUGCAAGUAAUCUCUCUCUGCCUUUUGGCUCAGCAAUAAACGUUUACAGGAAAACUGUUUUUUAUAUUUUGACUGACUGUUUCCUUGGCUGCUUUUAUUACUA